GUGACACGCAGCUAGGACUGCUAAAUCAUGGCAGCAUUUAUGGAACGUUUAUCUUUCCUGCAGAAAUAGUAAUAAUAAUUCCAGAUCCCCACCUUGAUGAAGGCAACAGCAGAUGAUGAAGCUCCCUGUCCUGGCUACCUUUUCCAGGAGAUUGGUAAAAUCUGCCAUGAGUCGUCUGGUUACGGCCAGUGUUUGCUGGAGUAUCUCCUGGAGAGGCUUCAGGUGGAGUCGUGUCACGUCAAACUGAAGGUGCUGAAGAUCUUCAUCCAUCUGUGCGGACACGGCUCAAAGCACUUCCUCACGGAGCUCAGAAGGAACUCCACCUUCAUCCAGCAGGCGUCUAUUUACAGCGGCGCUCCAGAUCCCGUCCACGGCACGGCGCUGUACCAGAAAGUGAGGAGUGCAGCACAGGAUGUGGCCCGUUUACUUUUUACGGACGCAGUUUCCACCAAAGACUGCAUCGCCCCUCCCACCGCAGGCCCAGCAUCUGUGGGAAUGGGGUCAGCAGGCUCCCAAAGGUCGGGGUUGCAGGGAUUCGGGUACAGUCCGGGGAAGCAGGGGACGGACAGCGACACCCUGCUAGAUAAGAUCCAGAAGGCUGCUGAGGUGGUGGCCAGCGCCGUCCUUCCCCCCACUGAGCACCAGGGCAUCCGCUUGCAUGAGAACCACUACCGGCCAGUCGUGGCGCCAUCCGCGCCCAUAGAGGUCGCCGUGGCAGCGUGCGCUUAUAACCUGCCCACUGGCAGAACAAAAGCCAGCCAGAGAUGCCCAGGGCAGGUGGGGGGCGGAUGGGAAGAGACGGACAGCAGCAACGGAUCGUCUCACAACUCCUCACAGGACAUGGCCGCCAACAGCAGAGCUUCUGCUGGCAGCAAGUCAGCUGGCAGCAGGAGCCAAUCAGGAGCCAGCAGAGAGAGUAACGGUGACCCCUCUGAACGGACCGAAGCGCUGCAGCUGGGGGACUGUGGUCAGGAGAUGGCUCUGAUCAGCAGACUGACCGAAGGAUCCAAAGUUUUCCUGACCAGAGAGGAGAGUCAACAUUUCCUGAAAGAGUGUUCUACUCUUAAUUGUGAAGUUGUGGUGGAGUUGCUGUCAAGCAAGCUUCAAGAUCUAUCAUACACAGUUAAGAUGCGGGCUCUGUGUGCUGUCGCCUGCCUCAUGACCUCCGACCUACUUGCUCUGGAGCAAACAUUCAGAGCAACUCAGCUCAGACUCCGCCAGCUCAGUGAGGGCCCUCCAGGACCAGUGGCCAACAAGGCUACCAAGAUACUGCGACAGUUUGAGGCUCUGACGGGCGGACCGCCACUCUCCACAAGACAAAACGUGACACAGAGCAGCCAUCAGACAACGCCUAAUCAGUGUCACCCCUGUGCACACUUGGAGAGCUCAGAAGCAACAAACUCAGCCGACACCUUCUCUGGACCUAAUGAGUCUGAACUCUCGUCCAGCAUCAUCCAACCGCAAAAUCUCCCGUCUUCGUCUUCCAGUAUGGAUGAGAGUUGGAGAUGCUCACCGUUAGAGCAAAUGGACGAUCUGACCAGCAAUAAGGUUGAGUCGGUCAGGACUGCUGGAGACCCAGAGCUUAUCGACAAAGAAAGUCCCUGUCUUACCUCUGAACGCGAGAGUGCACCGGCCAAUCAGAGCAGCCUGAGUCUGUUUAGUGGGAUGGAGCUGGUGACCAGGGGGACGGCGCUGUCCGGACGAGGCGUCCCGCACGCAGAGUCCAACAACACAGACGAGAGCUGGAGCGUGACUCAAACUGGACUUAAUGCUGAAUGUUCACAGAACUCCUCUGUGGUUUGGAUUGAAGACAGAGAGGAGGAACCUGCAGGCUGCAGUCCAGUCUCACUGGAUCCAGAACCAGUGUCUGUUUUCUCCUUUCUCAACUCUUGACUACCUGCUGCUCUUCUGUUCUAUUCUGAUGUCAAACAUAUAGCCUUUCAGAAAGGGUUAUUUUAACUUAUUUUUUAUUUUAACCACUUAUAACUUUACCCCACGUGCAACCAGUCAGGCAUAACAUUAUGACCACCAAUAUGGAUUUUUUUUUUUUUUAGAGGUGCAUCGAUUGCACCUUUCUGGCCAAUCACCAUUCUUUAAAAAGCUUGGCCUACCAAGUCCAAUUUGGCCAAUACCUGGUAGUAAAAAGUACCUGGUAAACUUUAUGCUCACAAACAACACCUACAGAUGCCUUAUCGAUCGGGCUGUUUACUUGUAGGAAUCGCAUGAACUGAGUUAUGUCCAUUAUUGUCAGGAUUAUCCCAUUUUAGUCAGCAUCCAUGUUUAGUAAAAAACAUCAAGUCGGUGCUGGAACAGACAUUUUUCAGUAUCAAUAUGUGGAAGUGUCUUCUGUCCUAGCAGGCCUGACUCAGGAGCCUUUAUUUGUGUCAGUAUUUUUAAAAUCUCUUAUUCUUUUUGAUAACUGUGGGAAAACUAUCAGAAUUUGUUUCUCAUUGUCAAUGAUUCAAAGGUUUUCUGGCUCAAAAUCCCUUUGAGGCUGUCCUGGUCAAGUUCUUCACUAUGACAGCCUCCUUCAACUUUUAAAUGUGUCCCCUGUCCAACACACCUGAAUCAAUAGCUGAACUACAUCCAAAAAGUGAGCUAAAAAUGUGACUUCAGGUGGUUUGAAGCAGAGUCUAAAAACCUUUAAGGACCAGAGUUUGACACCUGCGCUUUAAAGGAUCUUUGUGCCAGACACCAAAGCAACACCCUCAGUUGAGUCCAUGCCUUAACCGGGAGUGGCUGAUGAACACACGACCUGACUACCUGACAAGGGUCAUAUUAUUAUGCCUGAACAGUGUCCCUGUUAGAUUCACUUUUUUUGUGUCCAUUUGCUGCUUUCAACAACUAACUCAGCCAAGAAUCUGACUUGGGGAAACUACAGAGAAGCAUGUCUGUCCUGACAGGGGGACUGAGGGUUUGCAGACUUUGAUGCCUUAGGUUUAUUUUCUGUGAAGUAAGAGAACAGCUGGGGUUUGAUGAAAUAACGGGCUUUCAACAUGCCUUACAAUGUUGAAAGGCAGUAAGCACAGAAUCAGAGAUUCAGAGAACAAAGAUUGUUAUUCAGCUCAUGGUUGUUUUAUCUCAGGAGUCUUCUUUUUUUUAAGUAACAACCAACACCUCUGGUGCAUGUUAUGUUAUGAACCUUUAAGGGAAUCUCCUAUUUGUGAUUUGCACUACAGAUGCUUUUCUUUUAACCUCAAACCUGGGAAUGAAAUUAGUCUUCCAUAUGUUUUGUUACUAAGCUGUUAUGUGGGUGUGAAUUUUUCUUUACAUGAAGAAAAUUGUAGUUGAAAGGUUGUAAUGUGCAUGAUUUAAAAUUGAAUGGAUUAUUUUUUUAUAUCUGGGGUUCUGAGCCUGUGAUGGGACAAGUGUUCCCGUCCGCAGACUCUUCAAAUGUCACGUUACAUUUACAGACUAGCGAAGUGCAGUACAACUUUAUGUAAAAAUAAACUGCUUCAGUGAUCACAAGCCAUGCUGCUGAACAAUAAAACAUGCUGUACUUUUACUACAGCACAACCUC